GGCCAGGAGGGUGGCAGGAGUGGAGGGGACGCUUCACCAUGGAAUAUGAAGUCAAGAAAGGAAAAAAGGGCUUUGUCUCCCCCAUCCGGAGGCUGGUGUUCCCCAAGGCCGCGCGCCGGGCAGCCUUUCGGACCAGCGUGAGUCGCCGGCCCCUGCACUCGAUGCCCCUUUAUCCCCCUGACUACCUCAUCGACCCCCAGAUUCUGCUGUGUGACUAUCUGGAGAAAGAGGUCAAGUUCCUGGGCCACCUCACCUGGGUCACCUCCUCACUGAACCCCUCCAGCCGGGACGAGCUCCUGCAGCUGCUGGACACCGCCAGGCAGUUGAAGGAGCUGCCGCUGAAGACCACGGCGGAGCAGGACAGCAUCCUGAGCCUGUCGGCCCGCUGCCUGCUGCUCACCUGGCGCGACAACGAAGAGCUAAUCCUGCGUAUCCCCACGCACGAGAUCGCCGCCGCCUCCUACCUGCAGGACGACGCGCUGCACCUGCUGGUGCUUAAGACCGGUCUGGGCGUGGACCCGGUGCCAGCCGGCGUCGACGCCAGCCCCGGCGGCGCGGGGCGCGACCCAGGCCCGCCGGGCGCGGCGCCAGAGAAGCGGCGGGUGGGCACCACGGAGCGGCGCCACACCAUCUGCAGCCUGGACUGGCGGAUGGCGUGGGGAAACAGAGGUGUCCUGGGCACUGGAGAGGCCCUGAGUGCUCUGUCCUCCUCCCUGGGCCAGGAUGCUGCCGAGGAAUCCUGUGCCCUCAUCUGUCAGGUCUUCCAGAUCAUCUACGGGGACCAGAGCAUUGAGUGCGUGGACCGGGCCGGCUACCACUACACAUCAACGCCUGAGCGGCCGUGGCUGUGCAGUCGCAGUGAGAGCUGCCGCACAGACGGGACGUACGCCUAUGACGCCGACUUCAGCUGCUGCAGCUCCUUCAAUGGCUCCCAGGAUACAUUUGAAGCGUGUUACAGUGGCACGUCCACACCCUCUUUCCACGGCUCCCACUGCAGCGGCAGCGACCACAGCGGCCUGGGCCUUGAGCAGUUGCAGGAUUACAUGGUCACGCUGCGGAGUAAAUUAGGGCCCCCCGAGAUCCAGAAGUUUGCAAUGCUGCUGCGGGAGUACCGGCUGGGGCUGCCCAUCCAGGACUACUGCUCAGGCUUGCUGAAGCUCUAUGGGGACCGGCGCAAGUUCCUCCUCCUUGGGAUGCGGCCCUUCAUCCCGGACCAAGACAUUGGCUACUUCGAGGGCUUCCUGGAGGGCGUGGGCAUCCGCGAGGGGGGCAUCCUCACCGACAGCUUCGGCCGCAUCAAGCGCAGCAUGAGCUCCACGUCGGCGUCGGCCGUGCGCAGCUACGACGGGGCGGCCCAGCGGCCUGAAGCGCAGGCCUUCCACCGGCUGCUGGCCGACAUCACGCAUGACAUCGAGGCGCUGGCACCGGACGAUGAGAGCACCGAUGAGGAGGCCAGGGACUCCCCGGGUGGGGGCGACACGGUUGAGGACAACUACCUGUAGCCGCCACCCAUGCGGAAGGCGGGGAAGCAUCCUCAAUCCCACCUGUGUCUCACUCGCUCCUGCCUGUGGGACCCCGGCCCCAGGGCCCCCCUCCCGGGGUGUCCGACCUCGCCCUUGGCGCUCCAGUCCCUGCAAUACCGAGAAUGUCCUGCAGGGGGCGGGACCCCAAAAUCGCAGGCAGUUGCCGGAGGCUCAGCCAGCCCCCCUCUGCCAGACCUGGGUGGGCAACAUUCUACUGUGUCACUAGCCCCAGGUGCCAGGGACAGCCCCUCUCUCCCUCCACUCCUGCAGCUUUCUGGAGGCCAAAGGACAGAUGAGGAGUGGGCUCCACCUGCUGACAGACUGAGAAAAGACUUCCCAGAGCCCAGAGACCUCUUGUUCCUCCUAUUUUACAGUUUGAGAAACAGGUUCAAAAAAAGGUGAAGGAACUUGAGGAAACCUCCUAUUUCUCCUGAGAUAUUACCUCAAAGUACACAUACAAUAGCGUAGAGGGCCUUUUUAAGACUCUAAAUGGCAGGGUCGCCCCUCCUCUGAUGGCAGGAAUUGGAUCACCAGUGUGACAUAUCUCCAGUGACAGUUGGGUCAGAGGUAGGUGAUGGGGGUCCCAGUCUUGGCCCUAAGACUCUGAACAAGUUGCUUGUUCAGAUCUUGGAUUGGGAGCCAGACAGACCUAGGUCUCCUGUCUGGUUAGUGUUCUCACCUCUUGGUGACUUCCAUUCCCUAAUCUGUCCUAUGAGGUUGGCCCCAUCCACCUCACAGGGAUGGUUGUGGGGAUUAACAAAAGCACAAGGCCUUAGUGCUGGGUCUAGCCCAUAGUAGGCACUCAAUAAAUGUUCCCUUCCACUUCUAACA